UUGGUAAUACUGUGUGUUUGCUGUGGUGGUAGUGGUAGGGCUGUGUAUGUGUAUGUAAACACGAAUUUGAGGUUACAACAUUUUCUGUCAAACACAAAAUUAUAUUUAGUUUAUUAUUAUCAAGUAUGGCAUCGUUUAAAAACUCUAAGAAGAAGGUGUCCCAGGAGGAGCUUCGCCGUUUGAUGAACAAACACAAAGACAAAUUCGUAGAAUCUGUCAAGAAGAUUGAUUCCCCAUUGGCCAAGUACACCAAUGAUGGCACACUUAUGUGCGUCCUGUGUAAUACUGUAGUCCGGAGUGAAGCUGUAUGGAAUGUACACAUCAAUGCUAAGGCUCACAGAGACAAUAUACACAUAGCAAAACAGAAAAAAGUUUCUUCUGAAUUCAAGUCACCAGCCAUGGUUGCAGCACCUACAUUAAAACGCCAAAGUGAAACCAUAAUGAAUGAUCCUGUACCAGCAAAGAAAAUUAAAGGAAUUCUGAAGAAUGCACCAGUAAAGGCCCCCACACCUGCAUCUGUACCUACUGAUUUUUUUGAUGGAGUUGCAACAGCGGGUAACAAUAAAACACCAGUAGUAUUGUCUCAUAUAAUGGAAACCACUGAUGCAUGCGAAGCAAUGGAUGAUAAUGAUGGAAAUGGUGAUAAUUCCUCUAACUCUGGGUUAAGGGAAGAAGCACUUCCUGAAGGUUUUUUUGAUGAUCCCAUUAUGGAUGCCAAAGCAAGACAUGUUGAAUAUAAGGAUCCAAUUGAAGAGGAAUGGGAAAAAUUUCAGAAGGAAAUUAAGGAAGAAGUUACUGUCUCUUCCCAAAUAAUUGAAGAAGAUCAUGAGGAAGCAACUGCUGAAAGACAGAUAGAGGAAAUAGAUGAGCAACUGCGAAAUUGGAAUAGGGUACUGGAAUUAGAACGUAAAAAGGAGGCUGUCAAAGCAGCUGAACGAAUCAAAAUGGAAAUAGACGAGAAUAUGAGUAGUGGAGAAGAUGAAUUUGAUGAAUUUCUUGAUUGGAGGUCGAAGAAAUCAUACCGAUAAUUUUUCUUGUUUUGAUGUCUUCAUUUCUACCACUGAUAAUCUUUCUGAUAUGGAGUAUUCUUUAGGGGAUGUAAAGGCAUUAAAACUAAAAUCUCUGGCUUUUUAAA